AUGUUAAUCGAAGAAGAAUUAGUACAUAUUAAAGAUCAAGAAACUGAAUAUAACAGAUCUAAGUAUAUGCAAAGAGAUUUAUUAUCAGAAUAUUGUGUUGAUAAUAAAUUCUGUUUCUACUUUAUUCUGUUUCUACUUACAACAUAUGCAUAUGGUGAAGUAAAGAAGUUUAUUAAAGUUUAUUUGAUUACAAAUGCGGAUUUUUCUCUUUUAAAUAAAAUAGAUUCUAAACUUUAUCAUAAGCUGUUAUUUGAUCAAGAAAAUAAUUUUAACUUAAAAAUUUUUAAUGAUUGUGAGUUUGAGGAAUUGUUAGAACUUUAUAUGAAUAAUGAGUUAGAGAUUGUUAAUGAGUUGAAGGUCACUAACAUGUUAGAAGUUGAUAACCAAUUUGAGGUUGAUAAUAUGUUAGAAGUUAAUGAUGAGUUAAAAAUUGAUAAUAAUUUAGAAAUUGACAAUAAAUUAGAGGUUGCUAAUGAUUUUGAGAAACUACCAGAAAGUGAAAAUACACAAUCACUAGAAAUUUAUGUUAAAUUAUUAUUUGAAACAUAA